GGGCGGCCAUGAACGGGCUGGCGCGCGUCCUGUGGCGGGCCGCGGCCCCGGGGCGGCUGUCGCUGUCCCGGGCAGGGGGGGCCGGGGCCGGAGCCGGAGCGCGGCCCUGGGGCUGGGGGCUGGCGCUGGGGCUGGCGCUGGGGGUGAAGGUGCCGGCGGGCUGCGAGGCUGACGAGGCGGAGCCGAACCCGAACUCGCUGCCGUCCCCUCGGGGCUUCGGCGCUGCCAUCGAGAGGGGCAGGGAUCUGGUGCGGAGGAUUAAGGAUGAAGCAGGAAUCCCAGGUAUACUAGUUGGAGUUUCAGUAGAUGGACAGGAAGUCUGGUCAGAAGGUUUGGGUUAUGCUGAUGUAGAGAAUCGUGUAGUAUGUAAGCCAGAGACCAUCAUGCGGAUUGCUAGCAUUAGCAAGUGUCUUACAAUGAUGGCUGUUGCUAAACUGUGGGAAGAGGGGAAACUGGAUUUAGAUGCUCCAGUGCAGAAAUACGUCCCUGAAUUUCCAGAAAAAGUCUACGAGGGUGAAAAGGUCACUAUUACUACAAGACUGUUAGUCUCGCACUUGAGUGGGAUUCGUCAUUAUGAAAAAGAUAUUACAAAAGUAAAGGAAGAAAAGGAAAAGGCAAACAGAGCAUUGAAACCAACAAAACCGUGUCAGGAUAAAGAACAAAAAGAAAAAGAAGGCAAAGGGGUUGAAAGGACUGAUUCUGUCAAACCAAGGAAAGAACACGAGGGUGAGGUAAAAAGCCGAAAUUCAAAACCUGGCAGGAGAGACCGGGAAUUUGAGCAAGAAGAGUAUUAUUUGAAGGAAAAAUUUGAAAGUGUGAUUGAAUCACUGAAGAUAUUUAAAAAUGAUCCUUUAUUCUUUAAACCAGGUAGUCAGUUCUUGUAUUCAACUUACGGCUUUACUCUGUUAAGUGCUGUUGUGGAGAGAGUUUCAGGACAAAAAUUUACAGAUUAUAUGUUAAAAAUGUUUCGUGAUUUGGAUAUGCUGUCAACUGUACUAGAUGACAACGAAGCAAUGAUAUAUAACAGAGCAAGGUGUUACGUUUACAACAAAAAGGGACGGCUGGUGAAUGCACCGUAUGUGGACAACUCUUACAAGUGGGCUGGUGGUGGCUUUCUCUCAUCAGUAGGUGACCUGCUGAAAUUUGGGAAUGCCUUGUUGUACAGUUAUCAAGCCGGACAAUUUAAAAACACUAAAGGCAGACUUCUUCCUGGGUACCUCAAACCAGAAACAGUCACAAUGAUGUGGACCCCAGUGCCAAAAACAGAAGUAUCAUGGGACAGGGAUGGUAAAUAUGCAAUGGCUUGGGCUGUAGUAGAGAAAAAACAGCAGUGUGGCUGUUGCAGACAGCAGAGACACUAUGCAUCUCAUACGGGUGGUGCAGUGGGGGCAAGUAGCGUCCUCCUCAUUCUUCCUGAAGAGCUGGACUCUGAAGCUACAGAUACUGGGCUAGUGGCACCACCUAGAGGAGUAAUUGUUACUAUUAUCUGUAAUAUGCAAUCGGUUUCACUCAACAGCACGGCCUUAAAGAUUGCAAGGGAAUUUGAUAAAGAAAAACAGGCACAGUAUACAGGUUAAAAAAAGGAAAAAGGUAACGUGUAACUGGACUCACUGCACAGAAACGGGAAAAACAAACGGAGAAGGGUGUAAUUUGACUCUAAGAUCACUAAGAAUACAUGAGCAAAAGCAUCAACAGUUCGCUUAAUUAACUUCUGCUAGUGGUGCUAAACUUAUCUCUAGCUGGAAUUAAUCUCUCAGGGAAGUUCCUGACUUACAGAAAGGAGAAUGUAACAGUCAGCUUUGACUUCUGUAGUAUCUGUGUAAAUCAUCAUCAUGUUAGCAGGUUUUUUUCUCAUCAGUCAAGCACUUGAUCAAGAUUAAAACCAACAGCACUGGUUUCUCACACUGAGAAGUACAAUGACAGAUGAUCUACCUUAAAUGUUAAACUUUUGAAAGAUUUCGCGUCUUGAUUUGAGCACACAAAGAUGUAGUCUGUUCUUUCUCAAUGUUCCAGUCUGCCAAAACUGGUCAGUAUUACUUUUGAAAGAAAACUGGGUUUACUGUUGGUUUUUUUUUAUUUUGUAUUUGAUCAAAAAGGAAAAAAAAACCACAAACAACAACCCCCAAAUCUUGAAGCUACCUCCAGAAUGCAGAUUUACACCAGAAGUGUGCUUCUGACAGAGCUUGUGCAUUGCUUAGAAUUAGGAAAGAAUAAGGAUAGAGUAAUGUAAGUAAAAAAGUCUUUUUGGUAUUUA